AUGUCCUUAGAUGACAUAGUGAAAAGCCUUGCCACAAGCACUCAAAGCUUUCAACAAGAAACCAAGGCAAGCUUAAAAAGCUUGGAGCAACAAGUAUCACAACUUGCUCAAUCCGUGAGUAAGAUGGAGUCACAAGGCAAGCUACCCUCUCAAACGGAGAAGAACCCAAAACACAAUGCGUGUGCAAUUACUCUAAGAGGUGGGAAAAGCUAUGAAAGUCCAAGGAUGCCGGAAGAAGAAGAAGACGAGAAUGAGAUUGAGGUGGAAGAGGCUGUCAAAGAAGAGGAAAAGAAGAGUACUCCAAAGUCCAAGAAGCUAACAGAAUCUGAAGUGAAAGUCACACCAGCUCCAUUUCCUUCAAGGCUGGCAAGCACCAAAAGAGAAAGGGAAGAUGACGAAAUCAUGGCCAUGUUUCGAAAGGUUGAAAUCAAUAUCCCUCUUUUAGAUGCCAAUACACAGAUUCCUAGAUAUGCUAAGUUCCUUAAGGAACUUUGCAGAUCUAAGAAAAAGCUUAAAGGAAAUCAAAUUGUGAAGGUUGGUGAAAAUAUCUCAGUUGUGUUACAAAAGCGGCUACCAAAAAAAUGCAAGGACCCAGGUGUUUUCACGGUUCCUUGCCAAAUGGGUAAACUUUUUGUACCACGUGCCAUGCUUGAUCUUGGAGCAUCAAUUAAUGUCUUACCCUAUUCAAGUUAUAAGACAAUGGGAAUUGGACCUUUAUCAAAAACCAGAGUUAUCUUUCAACUUGCUGACCAGUCUUUGGUACACCCGAAAGGUGUAUUGGAGGACGUGUUAGUGCAAGUUAAUGAGUUUGUUUUUCCCGCUGACUUUUAUGUUUUAGACAUGGGUGAUGAAAACACCCCACAAUCGAGCUCCAUCCUUUUGGGGAGACCUUUUAUGAGUACCGCAAAAACAAAAAUAAAUGUAGCCAAUGGUACUUUGUCAAUGGAGUUCGAUGGUGAGGUGAUUAACUUUAAUAUCUUUGAAGCCAUGCGUUAUCCUAGCGAUAUUCAUUCUUUAAACUUCAUAGAUGUUAUUGAUUCAUGUACUAAUGAUUGCUUUGAGAUGUCAAGCCAAGAUGUUCUAACCACCAUCUUGAGCAAACACUUUGAUGAGACAGGGAUUAAGGAUUUGGCUGACAAGUACACAUUGGAGGAUGAAUUGAUUGAAGUGAUCGAUUCCUUGGAGAAAGCACAACCCAAGAGAGUUGAACCACCCCGCAUGAAGCUAAAAAGUUCCAAUCCGAAACUUCUCCCAUCCAUAGUACAACCAUCGACUCUUGAGUUGAAGGCUCUCCCCGACCAUCUCAAGUAUGCCUAUCUUGGAGAGGAAGAGACAUUACCAGUGAUAAUUUCGACCAAGCUGGCACGAGAAGAAGAAAAACAGUUAGUUGGAAUUUUGAAGAAAUACAAAGAGACUAUUGGUUGGACCAUUGCGGAUAUAAAAGGGUUGAGCUCAUCGUUAUGCAUGCACAAAAUACUGAUGGAAGAGGACUUCAAGCCAACCCGUGAAGCACAAAGGAGGUGGAAUCCACCUAUGAUGGAGGUAGUUAAAAAGGAGAUCAUGAAGCUCUUGGAUGCAGGUGUAAUCUACCCCAUUUCUGAUAGUAAGUGGGUGAGUCCUGUGCAAGUAGUCCCGAAAAAUGCCGGAGUCACCGUUGUCAAAAACUCCGAGGGGGAAUUGGUACCCACCCGUGUGCAAAACGGGUGGAGAGUUUGUAUCGAUUAUAGGAAGUUGAAUGCUUCCACCCGCAAAGACCACUUCCCUUUGUCAUUCAUUGAUCAUAUGUAA